CCACCCCAACUCCCAUCGCAACCCACGCACACCAAUUCGAUCCCCAAUACUAGAGGCGAUGUAAAAUAUCGAACCACAGAGCUUGGCUUGUUGUCGUUGUUUAACAGCGUUGGAAACUGCCCACACUGGAUAGGACUAACAUUCUCGAUAUUGUUCUCGGUAGGCGAUUAUUGCGAACACCUGUUAUAUGAUCAGAUUUGGAUUCAUUAUGUAUAUUUGGCAUUACUUAUUCACGAACUAUUCUCUCCGAUCAGUCCUAUAUUCGAAUACAUACAUAUGUAACUUUCGUGAGAACACACAGCCGCCCCGACCUCACGCUCAAGUUCUGCCUUACCGAGCAUGGAAAGGCUCAGUACAGUACUACUCACUCAUCCAGAUACCGGCCACAUGUCUUCUCGUCGUCUCAACAUUCCUUGUAGGAGAAUGUGACAAAUAUUGGCAGUUCAUGGUUUGUCAAGGAUUUACUGUCUGGGAUGUCGUCGGGCUUCUUAUUCGGACCGACGCUUGCAGUGACAUCGAAUGAUUGCGCGUGGAAUCCAUUUUUCUUCCCCAGAAAAACGAAUUGAUGCCUAUCGUGACUCGUAACCUCAUCCCCAACAUCGGGCUUCAUUCUCAUCUGCAACCAGCACAACAAACCUCCCCCCCAAACGUCGUCUUCCCCCCCCGUCA